AGAAUACUAUCGCGAGCCGUAUUUACUCUUCUGUUUGCCAUGCGCUAGCAAUAAAAUAAAAAUAGCGUUUUUCUCUGGGUGAUAGCAAGUGAAUAUUGUAGUUAGGUCUGACUUUCCAUUCAAAUACCGGAGAUCGCGCGAAGGCAUCGCACUUAGUUACUAAAUAAAUUAAGUGAAGUGCUCAGCAUUUAGUCUAAUUGUGAUUAGCAGUUGAUCGCAUAGUUUGGAGACAACAUUCCAUUAACCUUUCAAAGAGCUGGAAAGUGCCGGAAACUCGAAGAUGUCUUCUGAAAUAUGUCUAAAGAGCCUAGAAAGCUGCCUAGAAAAAUAUAUUCCCGGAAAUGAGUUGAAGGAAGUUAAGCGAAUUCUUUACGGGAGAUCCGAUGACAAUGCUAUCGAGGUCCCUGAAGAGACUAUGGCCAUUGCGGCUAAACAUGGUUUUGAAGUCAGGGCAUUUUCAAUUCCAGCACAAAAGGAACAACUCAGAACACCACGUAUAGUUCGUGUAGCUGCCAUACAGAAUUCAAUAUGUCUUGAAACCACCGCCCGAUUGGAAGCACAACGACAAGCCAUUUAUGAUAAGAUCACGAACAUAAUCAAGGCUGCAGCAGCUGCCAAAGCUAAUAUUGUAUGCAUGCAGGAAGCGUGGACUAUGCCAUUCGCUUUUUGUACUCGUGAGAAGUUUCCUUGGUGUGAAUUUGCUGAAGAUGCAAAACAUGGUCCCACCACAAAACUCAUUCAAACACUCGCCGCACAAUACAAUAUGGUAAUAAUCUCUCCAAUUUUGGAACGAGAUUCGGAGCACUCAGAUAUCAUUUGGAACACAGCCGUUGUAAUUUCGAAUCGUGGAAACUACUUGGGCAAACAUCGAAAGAAUCAUAUCCCGCGCGUUGGGGACUUUAACGAAUCCACCUAUUACUAUGAGGGUAACACAGGACAUCCGAUUUUUGAAACAGAAUUUGGUAAAAUCGCCAUCAAUAUAUGCUAUGGACGUCACCACCCCCAGAACUGGAUGAUGUUUGGACUCAAUGGUGCUGAGAUAGUCUUUAAUCCAUCAGCGACAGUUGGAGCCCUGAGUGAGCCCCUUUGGGGUGUCGAAGCGAGAAAUGCUGCAAUUGCGAAUAGCUAUUUUACGGUGGCUAUUAACCGGGUAGGAACUGAAAGCUUCCCGAAUGAGUUCACUUCGGGUGAUGGCAAGAAGGCACACCAGGAUUUCGGACCCUUUUAUGGAUCAUCAUAUAUUGCUGCACCGAAUGGCGUCCGAACACCGGGUCUUUCCCGCGACCAGGAUGGUUUGCUGAUUGCUGAAAUCGAUUUGAACCUAUGUCGUCAAGUCAAGGACUUCUGGGGCUUCCCAAUGACUCAGCGUUUGCCACUCUACGCCGAAUCUUUCGCCAAAGUAUGUGACCUGAACUUUAAACCCCAAAUAAUCCGUGAAGGAGAUAACAAUUGAGGGAUGAAAUCGCUGAUGAAAAAUGCAAAAAUUAGGACUCACAUCGAAUUACCCUUUUUAUUUCAUGUUGUUGUUAUAUGUUUAUUAGUUAUUGUCAUAAAUUCGAAUAAAUACAUUUUCUGUUUGUUACAAUUUUAGAAAAACUAAA